GUGCCGGGGAAUAAUUAAUGUUUUUAUUAAAUUUGGAGGGAAUUUUUUUGCAGCCGAUCGCCGCGCGUGGCCUUCAGGCUGAUUGGAGUCCAGAUCCCGAGGAAAUCUCCAGAUCAAAUGCCCAGUAAAUAAAAAACACUGAGCUAAGACUCGUGGAAGAGCUGCAGAAUGGAUGGAUUUUAUGACCAGCAAGUGCCUUACAUGGUCACCAAUAAUCCGCGUGGGAGAAACUGUAAUGAGAGACCGACAAAUGUCAGGAAAAGAAAAUUCAUUAACAGAGACCUGGCUCAUGAUUCAGAAGAACUCUUUCAAGAUCUGAGCCAAUUACAGGAGACAUGGCUUGCAGAAGCUCAGGUACCUGACAAUGAUGAGCAGUUUGUGCCAGACUAUCAGGCUGAAAGUUUGGCUUUUCAUGGUCUCCCUGUGAAAAUCAAGAAGGAACCCCAUAGCCCAUGUUCGGAACUUGGCUCCGCUUGCAGUCAAGAGCAACCAUUCAAGUUCAGUUAUGGGGAAAAGUGCCUGUACAAUGUCAGUGCCUAUGAUCAGAAACCACAAGUGGGAAUGAGGCCCUCCAACCCACCGACGCCAUCCAGCACUCCCGUGUCGCCGCUGCACCAUGCCUCCCCAAACUCCGCUCAGACUCCUAAACCUGACCGCGUUUUCCCUACCCACCUCCCUCCAUCCCAGUCCAUUCCAGACAACAGCUUCCCUAUGGAUCACAGAUUUCGCCGCCAGCUCUCUGAACCUUGCAAUUCUUUCCCACCUUUGCCUGCAAUGCCAAGGGAAGGACGUCCAAUAUAUCAGCGCCAGAUGUCUGAACCAAACAUCCCUUUCCCACCUCAAGGUUUUAAGCAGGAGUACCACGAUCCAGUUUAUGAACACAACGCUAUGGUUGGCAGCGCAGCCAGUCAAAAUUUCCCCCCUCCUCUGAUGAUUAAACAGGAACCUAGGGAUUUUGCAUAUGAUUCAGAAGUGCCUAGCUGCCAUUCCAUUUACAUGAGGCAAGAAGGCUUCCUGGCUCACCCAAACAGAACAGAAGGCUGUAUGUAUGAAAAGGGACCUAGGCAGUUUUAUGAUGACACUUGUGUUGUUCCAGAGAAGUUUGACGGAGAUGUCAAACAGGAGCCAGGCAUGUACCGCGAGGGACCCACGUACCAGCGGCGAGGCUCGCUUCAGCUCUGGCAGUUCUUGGUAGCUCUUCUGGACGACCCAUCAAACUCUCACUUCAUAGCAUGGACUGGCCGAGGCAUGGAGUUCAAGCUGAUUGAGCCAGAGGAGGUGGCACGUCGCUGGGGGAUUCAGAAAAACAGGCCAGCUAUGAACUAUGAUAAACUUAGCCGAUCGCUUCGCUAUUAUUAUGAAAAGGGAAUCAUGCAAAAGGUGGCUGGAGAAAGAUACGUCUACAAGUUUGUUUGUGACCCUGAAGCGCUUUUCUCCAUGGCUUUUCCCGACAACCAGCGCCCCUUGCUGAAGACUGACAUGGAGCGCCACAUCAAUGAGGAGGACACUGUGCCUCUGUCCCACUUCGACGAGAGCAUGGUCUACAUGCAGGACGGGGGCUGCUGCAACACCCACCCCUACAACGAAGGCUAUGUCUAUUAACAACAGUGACACUGAAGGGGUGUUUCCCCCUCCCUUAAGCUUCUCCUCUUUCCCAAGACCCAGAGGAAAGCUGAAUCGACUUCAGUUUGUUUUUUAAAUAGUACACUAAAAAGGGGCUUUUCCUGUUGCAUUACUCCUAUGGUCUGCCAUGGACAGCGCACUUUAUUUGAAAGGGGAGGGUUGGAACCUAAAUGUUAUUCUGUGUAAAAGGAGGAAAAGGGUGGGUUUGCUUUUUACUUAAGUUUGGGAAGGGAACAUACAGGUUUUAAGUACAAAAAAAGCUAUAUCAUGUCUGUUUUGUUUCAUAUCGGCAUAAGAUAUUGUACAUUUUCUCUGGGUAUCCGUAGUACAGUUAAUUCUCAUUGUGCAAAAUAACCACUUUUGAUGAUGAUAUCAGCACAGCAUGCCUAGGGCAUUUGUUUCUUGCCAUUCCUAAUUGUCUUUCUGUAGUAAUAAAAGAGAAGCAAAGCAUAUACCACAGCAUUUAA